GAGCACCGCCACUCCUUCAUUCCUCCUUCAUACUACCACGCACACCCCCAGGCUACUGUCAAUCGUUCAACACAAUUUACCAUGGAGAAGAUCGCGAAAACUUUUUACAACUCUCUUUCACGCCUAUUUUUGCUCUCGCCCGGUGAUAUCUCAAACGAUACGGCGUGCUUAGACCACCUGGACGCAGACGCGGACGCUGGCCAUCGCUAUCGUCAAGCGGAGGAAGGAGAGUCGGAUUGCUAUUCGACGCAAGCUCCAGUGGAUACUUCAUCAGAGUCACGCUCAAGCGAGGGUAGCCGCGUGAGGCGUGCACGGGCGAGCAGCGCUAGUGCUGUCGAAGGCAACUACUGGAGCUGGGGCGGCCCGAGUGCGGGUCAUUGUCUAAGGCGAAGGAGCACUGGCGAUGAACUGGAUAGAAAUCUGAAGGUGUGUGGGUGACGGUGCUCCGUAGUCGUUGCGUGUGACUGAUACGCAUGGGCCAAGAUGGACGCUGGAGUCGGACUCACUCGCACCUCCCCGGAUCUUUCCUGCCCUCUUUCCUGUCCCCCCAAUCCUAACGAUGCCCUAGACGCAAAUCUGUCUCUUUCAGCGACUCCUUCCUCUCACUUGGCGCUGGCUGGCUCAUUCCGUUUGGACUCACUUACGGCUUGUUCAUCGCUGCCGCAAGAGCACCAGCACGACUUCACUGUCAACAUUCAGGAAGAUUCUCUGGACUCUUGCAAUCUCGACGUGUCGUACGAACUCUCGCUAGGUAGCGACACCACCUCGUCUUCAGUAAAAUUUUGUCUCGAAGUCGAGGCACUGCUCGCACUCUCCGAUCUCCCCACUUCUGGCAACUUCAACUCCCAAUCUUCGUCAUCACCACAUUCAAGUAUAACCUCACCGACGAUCCGACACGUAACUGGUCUCGGCCUCGUCAAGGUGGACAACUCGCCCUUCUCCAGUCUGGGUCUGCUCUCUUCACUUCAUCCUUGCACGGGCACGCAAGAUGAGCCUGGUGUCGUAUCGCGGGAGCUGCUAGAAGAGCUCGAGCAAGUUUGGGUCGGGCCGAAGAAGCGUCCGCCAAGGGAUCUGUCUGCUGCUGGCACGAUCUCGAGUGACAUGAAGCGGGUACAGACAGCGAUGGAAAGGAGAGCCAGUGUGGUGGUAUCGAAAGCGCUCUGGCGCUGAGUCGUGAUGGGCCUCUGGGUAGAUGUUGCAGUAAUGCUUCCGUACAUUUGAUCAUUUGAGCAGUCGUUCUGCUGUGCAUCUGUUUCCGUGCAAUGUGGUCUCCGGGUGGACAUAGUAUACCAUGUCAGGACAAUCCACGUCCAGGAUCGCCACGUUGUUGACAUGGCUUUGUACACGUCCUCGAGGUUUUUGAGUCCGCAAACGAGACAAUGUGGGAACUGUAAGCAGUCCCGGUCUACAUUGUCAGCUUGUACAGUUAUAUAGGCGCACAGGCUUUGUGCACGCCGUACAAACCUACCCCGUUUCUUGGCUCAUGUUAUGAUUCAGGAACCACCUCUUCGCCUUUCCUCUUUUCACAAGCUAUCGACGACCACUAUUGACGGCGCACCCCUCUUCCCCUCCCGAUCCUCCGUACCUGACACACUCGUGCGCUCCUUCACGUGCCCUCUCGCGGAGACUCAUCGUCCCAUCACCAUUAUACAGGCGCAGGCCGCCCUUCAUUUCAUCUUGACCCCCUGACUACUGCACCACCACCCAUGCAUUUUACUCUCAAACUAUCCGCUGCCCAAUCCCCACCCCAUGCACUUCAUUACGCGCGCGGCAUCGCGGGUAUCCGAUGGGAACAGCGGAUGAACGCCUUCUCAGAUGGCAAGAAUGUGCAUAUGGACGUUUCCGGGAUGGAGCUGCAUUUGAAAGCGAAAGACGUGCAGACGUGCACCUGGGUGUUUCCAGCACGGGGUCCCGACGGUCCGCCGAUUACUCGUUCGAGAUUGUAUUACCCUCCGGCCGUCCCGCAGCAAAACACGUACGCACCGAAGGUCCGCAGCCCCCUCUCAAACGAGAUGCAAGUCGAUGAAGGCGCAGACGAAGAUAAGGACUGUGUGCCGAUGCAGAUUUUGCUGUCGCUACCUCGUCAAUCUGGAGAGAAAUUGGCGACUCCAUCAAGCCCUCGCUAUCCUUCCAAUCUUACUCGGAUAUCUGCUGAGAGGCCAAACAACAGGUCUCGUCGUGCGGCAAUCUCUCUUCGAACAGUCUGACGGCCGUCCUUCCUUGUCUUGUAUCAACUACCCACAUUCAUCUCAUAUCCGACAAGCAACGUCCAUGCGAGUCCUACUCUGUACAACUAGCCUGUGUAUCCCUAGCCUUAACUGCACGUCUCCCUGAUUCCGUUUGUAUUCCUUGUUUCGUCAGACUAUGCUAUCAUGCCGAAGCCUAGGCUGACCACACUGUGAUUGCCUCGGGGGUCCUGCCUUGGUCUCCCGUAAGACAGGUCGCUCCGAACACUUACUCCGAAAACGUGAAUCUACUUGUCAGGCUGGAAGGAUGUUAGUCUCCGGCCGAGUGCACAUGAGAAGCUAGGUUACAAUGGUCAGUUACACAGAGCUCAGAUUGGUCCACAGUGCACGAGACUCCGUGUAUGCGCAGGGAGGAAAAAGUUUUUUUUUUCCAACGAGGGUUCGUUCCCAGAGGAUAUCAGUGGCAAAUCAGUGCAGAUUGGGAGCACUGCAAAACAUGAUUCGACCCAGGUUCGAACUGAGGACCGCCUGUGAACAUGUCUCCAAGAAUGAAGGAUGUUAGACAGAAGUGAUAACCAACUACACCAUC